UUUCAUUUCUCUUGAUUUCUCUACUGUUCUUUAACUCUCUUCUACCUUCGCUUCCUGCUGUUGUCGCUCUGUCUUUGCUUUAUCUCUCAGCCUUUCAUCCCCACUACUUUCUUUGCCCCCAUCCCUACAUUUUCCUCAUCAUUUUGUCCCGAUCCCCGUUAGCACUAUCCUACUGGCAUCCUACUGGCAUCCAACCCCUCCUCUAUUUCUAUCCAACUCUAUCUCUCUCUCUCUCUCUGUCCUACACUACCUCACUGUCAUCCCUCCAGCUCUCAGUGGGGAGCAAGGAUGCCUGUCCUUGAGGGCCUUUGGGGGCAAGAUCUGGGGCUGCAGGAGCCCGGCGUUGGGGUUGGAGUGCACCCAGAUGAAGACCCCCCAUCACCAAUUUGGGGGCCCCUGGGGGCCUCCCCAGUGACCUGCGGGGGCCUGUCUCUGCCCCUAGAGCUCCCGGCCCUCAUACGGCAGCUCAGGGCAGCCUGGAGGGCGCGUCGGCAAGGUCCACCAGUUCCCAAGAGGGCACAGGCCAGCACCUGGGUGGAGGGAGGGAGGGCAGAGGUGGAGGAGGCGGAGCGCGACACGGAGGACAGGAGCACACAGUUGGCAGGUGACGUCAGACUGGGCGGGGCUUAUACUGGUGUUUUGUUGGCUGAGAGAAGAGGGUCCUACCCGCUGAUUGACCUCUGCAUCCUCAACACCAGUGCCCAACAGGGGGAGGUAGAGUCAGGCACCAGGAGGAAAGUGAAACGUCUCCUCAGCUUCCAGAGAUACUGCCAUGCCUCCGGGCUACUGAGGGGGCUGGUACCCCACGCCCCUGGAUCCCUUCACCUACUGGAUGACGACUACCUGGGACAAGCCGCGCAUAUGUUGUCAAAGGUGGGCACAUGGAACUUCGACAUCUUCCUUUUUGAUCGUCUCACCAAUGGGAAUGGUCUGGUGACUCUGAUGUGCCACCUCUUCAAUGUCUAUGGUCUCAUUCAUCACUUCCAGCUUGAUAUAGUCAAACUGCUCAGAUUUUUGGGCAUGGUGCAAGAGGACUACCACUCCCACAAUCCCUAUCACAACGCUGUGCAUGCUGCUGAUGUCACACAAGCCAUGUACUGCUACCUGAAGGAGCCCAAGCUAGCAGAGCAGCUGAGCCCUCUGGACGUGUUCCUGGGUCUGAUGGCAGCAGCUGCCCAUGAUGUGGACCACCCUGGAGUCAACCAGCCCUUCCUCAUCAAGACCAGACACCACCUCGCAUCCCUAUACCAGAACACGUCUGUGCUCGAGAGUCACCACUGGCGGUCCACUGUGGGCAUGCUCCGGGAGUCUGGGCUGCUGUCCCACCUGCCAAGCAAAAUGAGACAGGACAUGGAACAGCGGCUGGGCUCUCUGAUCCUGUCUACGGACAUCAGUAGGCAAAAUGAGUUCCUGUCAAACUUCAGAGACCACUUGGACAACCAGGACUUGGACCUGCAGCAUGCCCCACACAGGCACUUUAUACUGCAGAUUGCUCUCAAGUGUGCAGACGUCUGUAACCCGUGUCGGGUUUGGGAGCUGAGCAGACGGUGGAGCGAGAGAGUGUGUGAGGAAUUUUACAGGCAGGGUGACCUGGAGAGGAAGUUUGACUUGGAAAUCAGCCCUCUGUGCAAUCAGCAGGCUGAUACUGUACCAACCAUCCAGAUAGGCUUCAUCACCUACAUCGUGGAGCCCCUGUUUGAGGAGUGGCAUCGCUUCACUGAGCCCAGCCUCCUCAGCCAGACCAUGAUGGGUCACCUGCACAAGAACAAGGCACGCUGGGGCCACCUGCGACACACUCGCGCACCAGCAGAGAUGUGCAUGCACCCCCUCGCUGAGGAAGAACCCAAAGGAGGAGGCAAAGAGGGGGAAGGCAUCUCCUAA